UUUGUGUCAUCACUUAAACCAUAUCAAAAGAUAGUACCUAUAGCUAAUCACGGGAAUAAAACUUUUUCAUGAAACCCGUAAAAUAUUUAGCACAAAACUAUUUGUGUUUGUGAGAGUUACAAGUGAGAAGGAUUUUUUUAAACGAUGUGGAUUGUUUGAUACUCUUAAAAAACAUCAAAAAUGGCUACGAGAAAUCUAUGUUUAUGUAUGCUUAUUUGGAUGUCACUCUUUGGGGGCAUAUUUGGCGAUGACACUAUUAGCAUUGAACCAGUAAACGAUAAAAUAAAAGUACAAAAUGUGGGACCAGGCUUAUACACUGUUAACAUGGACGAAAAUAAUCAUGGAGGGAAUCCACCAACUCCGCUUUUUGCUAUUAAUGGAGUGGAGAAAGCUGAUUGUCCCAAUUUGAUAGUUCAGUUUACUCAAGGCGACACGACGUUUGUAUACACGAUUGAUGAUAAGUGUAUAUUCUCUGCUGAACAGACAUUUGACUACGAAUCGAACCAAAUAGCCUACUAUUUUAAAAUUUUGAAGACCGUAAAUAAUUAUAUAAAUAUUGGUUUCACGAUCAACAAUAUCGAUGAUGAACCUCCACAAUUGGGAACAUUUAAAUGCAAUUUUGAUGAAAAAACAGAUUACAGUCUUGAGGAUACUACAUGCAAUACUACAUUGCAUGAUCCCGAUGGAUGGCUGAAUCUAAUGAAAAUUACUUCAGAUUUAUAUCAAGAUAUAUUUGCUAUAGAAUUGCGAAAGCCUCUGCCAAAUAUUACUGAGAAAGACGCCAUUGCUUAUAUGUAUCUAUUGAAAAAACUGAAUUAUGACGAUACCAACUUUUAUCAAUUUUCGGUGCAAGCCAAGGAUUCUGGAAAUAAUCUUUCACCUCAACAAAGUGCUGUGAUAAAUGUUAUCAAUAUUAGAAGUAGACCUCCAGUCUGGUCAAAAAUAACAUUGUUUGAUCAAUUUAACGAACAAACCACACAAGAUUACGACAUACAAGCUAUAGAUGGAGAUACUGGAAUCCAUGCAGAAAUUUGUUAUAAGAAGCUACAUGAGGAUCAGCAAGAUGAGAAUUACAUAGAAAUCACUACAGAUCCAACAACCAAAAUGGGCCAUAUACACGUUAACCCCAUUGAUAGAGAUAAGUAUGAUCUUACUCUAUACCAUUUCAAUCUUUCUGCCUAUGUUUGUGAUGCCAAAGAAUAUGCUACUGUAAAUACAGUACAGUAUUACAUCAUCGAUAUUGACAAUAAUCCUCCCAGAAUAGUUGAAAAUGACGAGGAUAACGGAAAAGUAGAACCAUUUGACGACGACAAACCUAAAACAGUUAAACUAAGUUAUUUGGAGAACUAUUCUAAAUCGUAUAAUUUUAGCACAAAAAUUACAGACAUAGAUACGGGCGAAAACGCACAAUUUACUGUAAGUCUCGAAAAUGUUGAGGGUAGUGAAAUUGAUUAUACACAACCCUAUUUAAUAGUACCAGAAGAUGCUUAUAGGACAGGAUUAUUCAAAAUAAGCGUCAAAGAUAAGACCUUCCUGGAUUUCGAGAACGAAACUUGGAAAGCACAUUCCUAUUAUGUUGUUUCCAAAGGAAAGAAAGAUAAAACAAAGACUGAUAAAAUGUUAAUAUCAGUUACACUAGAAGACUAUAACGAUGAACUUCCUAUAUUCGACAAUCCAGUAUCGUAUUCAGCGUCAAUAAAUGAAACUGUUAAGAAAGGCACUGAAAUAUUGAUCGCCCAUGCAACAGACCGCGAUGCUGAAGAUCAUGUUUUGAAAAUGAAUAUAGUUGGAACGUAUGCUGAGAAAAGGCUAAGUAUUGACGCAGAUGGACAUAUCGUUGUAAAAAUAGACAAUGCCUUCGAUUACGAUGUUUUAAAUUCUGUGUAUUUUCAAGUAACCGCAACAGAUAACGUUAAACAUGUGACUCCAGUACCAGUAACAAUUACCAUUUUGGAUGUUAAUAAUAAAGCUCCCGUAAUAGAUCAAGUGGGCCGUAUACAAAUUCAAGAAAACCAAAAAAAUGGUGUAGUCCUAGAUGUAACAAUAACAGCUUCUGAUGUAGAUACAACUGCUGAUCUGACUUCUACUAUAAAUUGGGACAAUUCCAAAGUAACCAAAACUAAUUCUCCUGUAGAAAAAACUGACGCUGUAAAAAAAGCUAUGGAAUUUUUAGAAAUAGAAAAUACACAAACAAACAAUGGUCAAGGUCUACAAAUGAAAUUAAAGGUAAUAAAUAAUAAUGACGAUAAUCCAGACAAGCCCGAUUUUGAAACUUUCGAUACAUUGUAUUUAAGUAUAGUUGUAGAAGACCGUAAUACUGAUCCCGAGUUUGAGCAGAAUCGUUUUAAAGAAGGUCAAAUCGUUAUCAAUAUCCUAGAUGUUAACGAUAAUCCACCAUAUUUUCCAUCUUCUAAUGAUGAUAGUCGGCAAGUGCAGGAAAUGUCUUUGAAAGGGGUAUCGGUUGGCUCCAUAAAAGCUGUCGAUGUUGACUUGAAUCCAGAUAUUACUUACCAUUGCACGCCAGAAUAUGAAAAGUUUGACUGGGUCGAUGUAAAUCAUACAACCGGAGCUCUAACUGUAAAGAACGAUCAACAAAUUGACGCAGACACAGACAAAACGUAUUAUUUCAACUAUACAUGUUGGGCUCACGAUGGUGUGUUCUUUUCCAAACCGUUGGACAUCUCAAUCUAUGUUAUCGACACCAACAACAAAGUACCUGUAAUAGAUUUCCCAAAUGAAGUACACGUAAAGGAGAAAUCGCUAAUAGAUACAAAAAUUAGAAAUAUCGAUACAAGUGAUUUAGAUAGAGAUGAGCCGUUCCAUACUGUAGAUUGCAAUUUUGUAAGCGAUACUGAUCCAGACUGUCUAACAGAAUUCAAAAUAGAAAACAAUGUUCUUAGAGUGGCAAGAAAUGGAACUCUUGAUCGUGAUUGGGGAAGAAAAACAUAUCCUUGCCAAUUUGAGUGCUUAGAUAAUCCUUUAAAUGUGCGAUCCCAAGGACAUAACAAAAACAACAAAAGCAUUACUAUAAUAUUGGAUGACAUAAACGAUCAUGCACCUGAGCUUAUCACGACGGACCUUCAAUGUUCUGAAAAUUUGAAGAAGGACGGCGAAGUAGGAGAGGGCAUAAUAGGAAAAGAUAUCGACGAUGGCGAUAAUGCUAAAAUAGAUUUUACUGUGUUAAGUAUCGUAGAUAAAGUCACCAAAAAUGACAUUAAGGAAUUUUUUAAUAUUGUAAAAAAAGAUAGUGAUUAUGUAGUGAGCGAUACAGAAAAGAAAGUGCAUCUCCUAGCUUUAAAAGAUGUCAAAGGAAAAUAUGGAACGUAUGAAGUCACCUUACACAUGCAAGACGAAGGAGAUCCAAUUCAGAUAACAGAUCCUGAUCCAACUUUACUACUUGUAAUUGAAAAAUGGAAUUACCAUGCACCGAGUAUAAUAUUUCCUGAUAACAAACAAUACAUUGUCCUAUCGGAUCAAGUACCUGGUCAACCAUUGGCAUUAUUUGACAACACAAGUGCAAAUCUUCCGGACUUUACAGCAACAGAUGGUGAAACGGAUGACUGUUCUAAGUGGGAUGUGAAAUUUUCUUAUGUACAGACGACUUACAAAGAAGAUGACAUUUUCGUGAUAGACCAUAUAAAGCCGUGUGUUUCUCAGCUACAAAUCAACAAAAAUUUCAACUCGGAUCUAGUAUUACAUAAAGAGUAUAACCUAACCAUCACAGCCUAUGUUAAGGAAGGAACACCUCAGCAAGAUGAAGCAAGUUACUUCACAUCAGCAGAUAUAAGUAUAGUUUUCUUUAACAACGAAGAUCAGCCGAUAUUUCAAAAGAAUGACUGGAGUGUACAAUUUGUUGAAUUUAAUACAACACAACCUGCAAAACCUUUGGAAGAAAAGGCUGAAUAUGAGGUUGCGAAAGGACUUCCUAUCUUCUACCAUUUCUAUUCAGAAAACCAAACCCUUUCCAAAUAUUUUGAUGUUGAUAAAACGCUCGGUGAUUUAUCCGUUAUAGGAAAUCUUACCUAUGAUUAUGAUAGGGAGAUACAGUUUCACAUAGUUGCUUCGAAUGACUCUCAAAUCAGAACGUUGGACCCACGAUCCAGUCUUAAUGUUACAGUUAAUUUUCUUCCACGUAACCGCAGAGCUCCUCAGUGGAAAAGUACCAAAUUCUUUGGGGCAAUUAUGCCUACAUUUCUAUCUGGAAACCUUAUAGUCACCGCUCAAGCUCAUGACGACGACGUUAUCGAUCAAGGAAAAUUAACCUGUUCUAUUUCUAGUGACAUCAAACGAUAUGGUGAAGGAUUAGAUAAAAUAAAAGACAAACCAUUUUAUCUAAAAACUGAAGAUGAUACCGCCACAAUAUUUUUGGACUUUACAGUGGAAACUACAAUGACUGGUCGGUUUGAAUUUAAAAUCAAAGUAGAGGACAAUAGAGAUGACUAUGGCAAUGGUCCCUUUGAAAGUGAAGCUGAUACAACAAUAUUUAUUAUUACCGACGACAACACCAUUGAUUUUCAAUUUUACAACGAUAUUGAGGAUGUGCAAGACAGAGAAACACCGAUGUUAAGCAUAAUCUCCGAGAUAGUGGGAUAUGAUGCAUAUCGCCAGAAUAUAGAUACAGUAACAAAUAGUGGUGUUGUUAUGACCAGAGCAAGGCUUUAUUUUAUAAACGUUAAAAACAGGAAUCAUUUGCAACUCACUAAAACCGAUACAGAUACUGGAUUCGAACUGGUUAGUAGUGAAACAAUAUUAAACAUUGUCACCAAUGUGAACACCUUCUCAAACCUGUCCAGCACCUUAAGAAGUAAGCAAAAAUUGAACCUCGCAAGCUUCCAAGUGAGCAAUUCCAAAUCCGGCAACAGCGAAGCAGCAUUGAAAGCUUGGUUGAUCGGCGUUUCUGUGGUUUUAGGAAUAUUGGUUUUGAUUUUACUAAUCACUUUAAUACUAAAAACCAGACAGUUAAGUAACAGAAUUAAAAAACUAACUACCCCCCAAUUUGGUUCUAAAGAAUCUGGACUUAACAGAAUCGGUAUAAAUGCACCCACAACCAACAAGUACGCUAUGGAAGGAACCAAUCCCGUAUACAAGAAUGAAGAAAUCAAGACACCAAAAAAUAUGAACGAUUUUGAUACUCACAGCAUAAGAAGCGGUGAUUCUGAUCUGGUUGGAAUAGAAAACAAUCCAGAGUUUGACUAUAACUUCAACACUAACGAGGAUAAAACUACAUAUUUGUAAAUUGUUUUUAUGAUAAUCUUAGGUCUAGGUUAAGUUGGUCUUAAUAGAUAUUAAUUUAAUCUGAUUUAACUAGAAUUGUAUUAUAUUAUGUAUGUAUAAACUAUACACUUUUUUAGCUACAACUAUUCGCAAUAGAUCUUGUACCACGUAUUAUUAAAAUUAAUGUUAA